GCAAUUGCAAAAAAAACCAAAAGCCUCCAAUAAUAUUUUCUUUCCAUCCCUCGCCGCCCCCUCUCUUCCAUUAAAGUCCCUCCCAUCCCUUCCCUCGCAAUCCCCUCUUCCAUUAAAAUCCCUCCCCUACUUUCAUUUGAACCAAACAGAGUAGAGUCUAUCAGCUGAACGAUGGCGGGACGUUCGCCGGCGAUGAUUGUUACCAACACUCCAUCGAGGGAUCUCGCCUACACCAACUUCGCCUACUGCUCGCCCUCCGAUCUCCGCAAUUUCAUCCUACCUGGAUCCAGACUUGCCUACGCCUUGGUCGGCGAUGUCUUCGUGCUUUCUAUCGCUGGGCAUGAUUCUAUUCCUAGUGGCCAAAUUGCUCUUAAUGCCAUCCAACGGCGCUUUGCCAAAGUCUCCACUGGAGACUCAAUAUCUGUUAGCAGGUUUAUCCCUCCUGAAAAUUUCAACCUUGCAUUGCUAACCCUGGAAUUGGAGUUUGUAAAGAAAGGGGCAAAGGAUGAACAGCUGGAUGCUGUUCGUUUGUCCCAGCAGAUUCACAAAAGAUUUUCAAACCAGGUCAUGUCAAGUGGGCAAAGGGUGACAUUUGAAUAUCAAGGCAAUGGAUAUAUAUUUACUGUCAAUCAAGCUACUAUAGAAGGGCAAGAAAAAUCAAAUGGCAUUGAGAGAGGGAUAUUGUCAGCUGAAACCUACAUAAUUUUUGAAGCCUCACAUUCAAGUGGAAUAAAGAUUGUCAACCAGCGUGAAGCUGCUAGUAGCAACAUAUUUAGGCACAAAGAGUUCAAUCUUCAGUCAUUUGGUAUAGGUGGUUUGAGUGAAGAAUUUGCUGACAUAUUCCGUAGGGCUUUCGCUUCCAGGGUUUUCCCUGCACAUGUCACCUCUAAACUUGGUAUCAAGCAUGUUAAAGGUAUGCUGCUUUAUGGACCUCCUGGUACUGGAAAGACUUUAAUGGCUCGUCAAAUUGGAAAAAUGUUGAAUGGGAGGGAGCCAAAGAUUGUCAAUGGGCCUGAAGUGUUAAGCAAAUUUGUUGGUGAAACUGAGAAGAAUGUGCGGGAUCUAUUUGCUGAUGCUGAAAAUGAUCAAAGAACCAAAGGUGAUCAAAGUGUCUUGCAUAUCAUCAUAUUUGAUGAAAUAGAUGCAAUUUGUAAGUCUAGAGGUUCAACCAGAGAUGGGACUGGAGUACAUGAUAGUAUUGUGAACCAGCUUCUAACCAAGAUAGAUGGUGUGGAAUCUCUAAACAAUGUGUUACUUAUUGGAAUGACAAACAGGAAAGAUUUGCUUGACGAAGCUCUUUUGAGGCCUGGACGCCUGGAAGUUCAAGUUGAGAUCAGCCUUCCCGAUGAAAAUGGCCGUUUGCAAAUUCUUCAGAUUCAUACAAACAAGAUGAAAGAAAGUUCCUUUCUUGCUCCUGAUGUGAAUUUGGAAGAGCUGGCUGCUCGGACAAAAAAUUAUAGUGGAGCAGAGCUUGAAGGUGUUGUAAAAAGUGCAGUGUCAUAUGCACUGAAUAGGCAACUAAGUAUGGAUGAUCUUACCAAACCAGUGGAUGAGGAAAGCAUCAAAGUCACCAUGGAUGAUUUUUUGAAUGCCCUUCAAGAAGUCAUUCCAGCAUUUGGAGCUUCCACAGAUGAUCUUGAGCGCUGCAGACUUAAUGGCAUCAUGGACUGUGGGCCACGGCACGACCAUAUUUACCGAAGAACUAUGCUUUUGGCAGAACAAGUUAAAGUUAGUCAUGGAAGUCCACUUAUUACUUGUCUUCUGGAAGGUCCAAGUGGAAGUGGUAAGACGGCAAUGGCUUCAACAAUUGGUAUUGAAAGUGAUUUCCCCUAUGUUAAGAUAAUAUCUGCUGAAACAAUGAUUGGACUCAGUGAAUCUACUAAAUGUGCUCGGAUUGUUAAGGUAUUUGAAGAUGCUUAUAAGUCACCACUAAGCAUUAUUAUCCUGGAUGAUAUUGAAAGGCUACUGGAGUAUGUUGCGCUUGGACCUCGUUUCUCAAAUUUAAUUUCUCAGACAUUGUUGGUGCUCUUGAAACGGCUUCCUCCAAAGGGGAAAAAAGUUCUUGUUAUUGGAACCACAAGUGAAGUCAAUUUCCUGGAUUCUAUUGGCCUUAGGGAUGCAUUCUCAGUUUCCUACAAUGUUCCAACACUAAAGAAAGAAGAUGCCAAACAGGUGCUACAGAAGCUCAAUGUGUUCUCAAGCGACGAUAUUGAUUCUGCCGCAGAAGCAUUGAAUGAUAUGCCCCUGAAGAAGAUCUACAUGGUUAUCGAAAUGGCUGCUCAGGGCGAACUCGGAGGUAGCGCUGAAGCCAUCUAUUCUGGCAAAGAGAAGAUUAAUAUCUCGCACUUCUACGACUGCCUUCAGGAUAUAGUGCGCUUUUAAUGCUACGGUAUGUAUGCCAUUUUCUCUCCACGGCUUUAAUUCACACUGAAUGAGUUGCGUAGAGCUACUCUUUAUCUUUUCUGUGCAUGCUUGUUUCCCGUGUGAUUUGUUGAAGAGAGAACGUUAUGCGCCUAGCCAUCGAUGCUGUUAGAAUAUCGUGUUCUCAUUUCUGGAAUCGACAACCCUUUUCGGUGCACUGAUGCUUGUGUUCUUGUAGCAUCCAUCACUCACUAUCUUCACUAUGAUAGCUCCUUUGUUUCCUUGUAUGUAGUUUUUUUUUCAUGUUAUUAGUGUCUAUUGAGAAUUGUUAUGAUGUUUAUAUAUAUAUGUAUGGGGAUGCUCAUUAAAAAAAAAAGAUAGUAGCAACCAAUAUAUAUAUAUUAAUUACUUCAUAAACACCAUUACAUAAUUGGUGAAAACACUAAAAGCACACUGUCAACAAUCACUCACAACUAACUUAUUGAUGAUCACCCCUUUCAUAGUAACACUAAUAGUACAA